ACACACACACACAUAGAUAUACAAGCAUAUGCAUCCAAGCAGAAACGGACACACACAGACAUUCUUUUCUCAGACAGCUUUUUUUUACGCUCGUCGACACAGUGAAAACUUCACCAUUGUUUGAUGGAGAUAAUGUGAUGUAAUGUAGAGGACACUCACGCAAUUUAGUUCUGUGUAUUCGCGCAUGAGAACACUCGGCAACCGGUUCAUCUUUGACUAAAAGAUGGCGUCCACGGACACCCAGGACAUGCCAUUAACAACCAUAAACUCCACAAGCUCCUUACCUCUAACUUCAAAAAAUGAAGAUAAGGAGGAAAACUACAGCAUAAUCCUCUUGGCCAUCUACUCUGUGGUUCUGGUUACUGGGAUCAUCAGCCUGAGCCUGAUGAUGCAUAUCUUGAAGUCAAGCUCUACAUCCAUCACGUCCAUUGCUGUGCUCAACCUCAUCUUUGCCCACUUCAUCUUUCUCAUCACUGUGCCCUUCAGGAUUUACUACUACGCGACUGAGCACUGGCACCUGGGCCUCGGGAUGUGUAAAAUGAUCAGCGGCAUGAUCCACAUCCACAUGUACAUGUCUUUUAUCUUCUACGUGAUCAUCCUCAUCACACGCCUGAUGGCGUUCUACCGCAAAGAUGAGCAGCUGGCCUCUUUCCAGAGGAUUCAUGCACUCCUCUUCAGUGCAGUGGUGUGGAUAGUGGUGCUUGUCAUGGUCCCUUGCAUCAUCCAUUUUUCCUAUGGCAAACACAAUGAGAAAAACAACAGCACGUUGACUGACAAAGUUUGCUUCAAAUUUGGCAGCAGCAUAGAGGAUAAGGCCAAGGUGGUCAAUUACAUCAUAAGCACACUAAUCAUAGUGGUGGCCACCGUGCUGACAGUCCUGCAAGCCAACGUCCUAUGGGUUUUAUACAGGAAGCAUCGACAGGGAUGCACCUCUCAGCAGGACUUUGGGGCUCAGCUGAAGAGCUUGUGCUUUGCCCUCAUCAUGGUAGUCUGCUUCAUUCCUUACCACAUGUUUCGGUUCUAUUACGUAGAACACCCCAAGCUGGAGAAUAUCAAUGAGGUGUUUCUGAGUCUGACCACUUUUAACUGUUUGGACAUGCUCACUUUCUUGGGGAGGAGAAGCUGCUACAUGUCUGUCUUUGGAAAGAUUUUUUGUUUGUGAGGGAGUCAGGAGCAUUUCUUUACUUGUAUUUUGUACUGUUUUUAUUAUUGUUCUGUAUUGCUUGUCAGAGUUCUGGUGCAGCUCCAUAAAUGCAGACACAAGGAUACACAUACAAGAAAUACAUUGUAAAGUGCACAGGGGAGCCUUGAGUUCAUCAUCCAGUGCUUGGGAGGCUUAGGAUCAAACUAUUUAAAGAAUUUGACAUGACUGGAAAGUCAUGCGCUUUAACUUUAAUAGAAUAAAUAAACUUUUGCCAUGUACUUGUCUUUGUAUAUACCACACACUUUUUUUUUCUACAUAAUUUCAUGUGAGAAGCAUGUCUAUAUAGGCAUGUAUGUAUGUAUGUAUGUAUGUAUGUAUGUUUAUUGAAUAUUUAUACUGUAUUUGCUAACAUUUAACCCCUGUGUACAUGGCUGGAGUGUGCAGCUUGAAGAAA